AUGCUAUUCAGGCGAAAGAGCAAAGAUUCAUUACAGAGUAGGGAGCCACUGGUUUCAAUUAGAAAAUCGAGAAGUGCAAGAGACCUACUACUGAGGUUAACAACGACGCCAUCACAAUCGAAGAAAUCGUUAGAUAAACACGACAAAAGAACUAGUCAACCCGAGCUACAUUUGGACACAGAUAGACAAUAUUUACCAUAUGAAGAACCAUUUACAAUUUUGACACCAAAGGAAGACGAGUUCAAAAACUGCGAUCUCAUGACACCUAUUCGACAAAUGACAGCAACUCCUGAGACUAUGCAAGCUCCCCAACAGCAUUCUUCUCAAACACACUCUGGACUGAGGGCAAAAGUGUUGUCAACCAUAAUUGACUUUGAAAACGAGUCCAUUGUUGAAAUGUACACGCCAAGGAAAGCAGUCAACAUUCAAAAUCAUAUCCGUCUCAAUUCGGCAUGUGCUGUUUUAGAAAAAAUUAGUUGGGGGGACGAUAAAGAAAUUGGCGAACAGGAUGGGAUUGGAGAGGGGGAUGUGUCAGCUACCACAAACGACGACGACGAUUUGACAUUUGAUGGAGCGUUUAGCACAUCAACCUCUUGUCAAAAUUCUCCAAACAAAGACCCCUUUGACACAGUAUCAUUAACUGAAGCAAAUAUUCAGAUAUACAAGAGACUGCAUCGAAAGUCCAAACAUCAUGACAGUCUACAUUUUGUACAAGGUAUUCUUGAGUCACCCACAAGACCACAAAAAGUACAAGACAUACCAACAAUAACACCACCACCAUCUCUACAAGCUGGACUUGCAGAGGAGGAGCAAGAUUCGCGAAAUUCUGAAUUGUACCAGUUGGAGAUUAUGUUGUUGCAAGAAAAACACAAAUAUGAAAUGAAGCAACAACAAAGAGCCUUGGAUGAUUUACAGCUGCAAUUGAAACAACAACGAAAUGAAAACACCCUUUUGAGAAAUCAGAUUGCACAGCUAGAACAUGAAGCGUAUUUAUUACCAGCAUUUAAAUGGGAUAAACCUGGCAAAUCUAAUAGCGAUGAAAGAAGUCACAAGGUUACAUUCAAAGACAAUGAUGACGCUGGUUCAUUCAUCUCAACUGAAGAAUCAAUUAUGAGUUUGUACUACGACGAGAGAAAAGUUUCGGGAGCCUCGACAGUUGGGUCGUCUAGCAAUAGUGUCAACAAAAAGUUUGAUUAG